AUGAAAAAUACUCUGUUGUCACCUGUUGGUUUCUUUACCGCUCUCGCUGUACUUAUAGAAUGCCACCUGAGUGACCGGUGUGUUGCUCAUCAUGGCAGCAGCACUGAUGGAUCAGGCCUACGGCCCCCUCAAGAGGUCGACUCGGCACCACGAACGCCGUCGAUCGCUGUUAAAGAGCUUGCCACGUUUCCUGGAGAUGACAUUCAGACGUCAUCUCAAGAAUUGCCCGGCUAUGAACUUUGGACCAGGGAACAAUCAGGGGCAUCUGUGCGUGUUGGGUUUCCGCAGAACGCCGAAAGUUUUCUGACACAAAGAGAAGCGAGAGACGAAAUCGCGAAUGCUCACGAGCUCGUCGCUGUAACUCCAGAAGGCGAUGCGUGGAAUCACAGUGGUGUUGUCCCCGAGGAGCAGACUGUCACGCCUGCUUCAGGUAGCUUCAUUCAGAGGCAAGCCGCGCAUGCACCGCCUUCGACUCGAUUGACGCCCGUGGACCGCCGUGGCAGGUCACACACAGUGUCAGCUGUCAGACGGCGGGUGACCGUGGAAGACGUUAUGCGACCGGACCAAUCGGCAGCCAUGCAUGCAGUGUUGUCAGCAUUUGGAGGAGGCCUGGUUCUGAAGGCUAAGAACAAAUGGGGUAGAACACGUUACACGCUACAGGGACCCGCAACAUUCUUAGGAAUGGGAGCCGAGGGCAUUGUUGUACGUCUAAAUCAGGUGAAAAGCGACCGGGAAAGAUCGGUGACACCGGUGGCAGUCAAGCUGUGCCUCAUUCGUGCAGCAGUGUUCUCGGGGCUGACAUGGUGGAGAAAACGAAGGACCAGAACAGAACUAAUGAAACUGUUUCUGUCGAACGAGAAUUCUGUGAAGCGUGCUCUACCAGAUUUGGACCCGGCCGAAAUGCUAGAGCACGGUCUCGUCGUUCCACAUCAUGCUGAGCUUGUUUCCGGUAUGCCCACGUGGUUUGCCGCGGGCGACUCAUUUUUUGUAUUACCCGUUGUUUCUGUGUCUCCUCUUUUUACUUGCGACCUCGAAACGGUCGUGCAAAACCCGUUGACCUUUUGGGCGAAGAUGUACAUUACCCGCCAGUUGCUAAAGAGUAUUGCGUGGAUGCAUCAAAAAGGCAUUUCUCAUAAUGACUUGAAGCUUGAGAAUGUCCUGCUCAGUGCAGACGGAAGGGUUGCCAUCGGCGAUUUUGGUUUUUCAAGCCCCUUCGGGGCUUCGUUGCCCAUCAGGGGCACUCAUCUAUACAUGGACCCCGACAGCUCAGAAGCAUUUUUUGAACAACGAGAGAACGAAAUCACUCCCCACAGAGAUGCAUGGGCGACUGGAGUCCUUCUUUUCUAUCUGUGGUGUGGCGUGUUUCCAUUCGGGUUACAGAAUGUCGCUAACGCGGGUCCGCCACAGGUGAUGAGGGUCACAGUCAUGCAUGCAAGGACUACCAGGCCGCCGCCCAACUUCCGGCUGUGUCGGCGCAUCCCGCGUGAGGUUCGGAACCUCGUUACCGGAUUUCUGCAGUGGAACGAGGAAGCUCGGCGUCUCCCCAGCGAUGUUGCCGACGCGUUCCUUGCCGCUACGGACGACGGUGGUAGAGAGGCGCGUCGGAUAAGAACGCAUCAAUUUUGAGAUCAGCGCCGGCUGAAUGCAUGCCUAAGAGUUGGAGCUCCCAGGCAUGGCGGAAGUGUCUCCACCAGACAAGCAACGAGCAAGAUGGUGUCGCACACUAGACAUCGUCGGCUGCGAAGGCGACAGUGCAAAUGGCGGGCUUGCGUGGCCGUGUGUGGAAUGCAGAGAUGUGCUCUGCACCUGAUGAACAUGAUUGUCCGUACUCCAUAUCGCGUGCUGAUUGUACCAUUCGAUGUGCAUGGCGAGUGAGGGAAAGUGGGAUGCUUCUGGAAAUACUGUGAACAGCAGGAAACAGAGCGGUGGGGACGCCAAGACACCGAUACAUGAGCUUUUAUGCUUUUACAGAUGUGCCUCACAAAAUCAGUUUUAUUGCCUUCUUUUGGAGGAAUCCCGUGGGGCAUGGGCAUCGUCAUGUUCACGGUGUAAAAGGUUGACUUCACCGUGUAAGUGUGCGCGGCUGUGCUCAGUGAGAAAUGAAGAUGCUCGCGUGAAACUCUAUGGCAGUCCACCUAAUGAGGCGUCUCUUGCAGUAACGCUUACAGGCCGACAAUUCAAGCAGGCAAUGGACCAAGUAGACACGGCUCGUCAGACGUACGUAGAUAACUGCUGAAGGAGAAGUAACCCAUGAUUGUCAUCGCUCGAGAGAAAAUAGUGGUUGUACGUUUAUGUGACUGCUUGUGGCAGAACCCACAAGGGAAUGCAGAAAUGAAUACGCAGGUCAAAUUGAUGAUAUAUUUAUCUGCCUCCUGACCUCCUAUACAGCUACCCUGUCAGCUCAAGGACACUUCUCUAGUCUCCUGCCGACUGGCGUGUUCAGGAAGUUCACUAACGUUAGGCGGACGUGCUGCAACCAUUCAAUUGUUUGUCUCGCGCGUUCCCCUCUUCCGUUCUCGCCUCCCUGCCACUGCGUUCUUUCGUGUGACGCACACUUUGUCGAUUACAAUGC